AUGUCAUCUGCUGAAGAAAGUAUCACACAAACUGCCAUCGCUGCUCAUGAAUUUGUUCAGUUAUAUUAUGCGUUGUUCCAAUCAAGAGUUGACGAAUUAUUAAAAAUGUAUCAUCAACAAGCUGUUAGUAACUGGAAUGGUAAUUUUUUUAGUGGAAUUGAACAAAUUAGAAACCAUUUAAUUUCAUUAACUCCAGGAAAAUAUGACAUUGAGACAUAUGACUCACAACCCAUUGGUGAUCUUGCACAAGGAGGAAGUCUCCUUUUCAUUGUUACUGGUCGAGUUAAAUAUAAUAACAACGAAAAUAAUUCCAGAGAAUUUUAUCAUCAAUUUAUUCUCUCAAGAUCGCCAGAGAACGUUUGGUUUAUUGUCUCAGAAAACUUCAGAUUAUUAAGAUAA